CGCGUUUGGUAAUAUUUGAAUAGUGCUCGUGCAGUGAUAAGUCUUCGUAGUUGGUAGUAUCAUUUGUUUGCACGAUGGCGUCCGGCGGUGAAAAUACGACGGAGGAAAGAACCGAGCCAUCAACGCCCGCACAACCCCUCACCAAUGUCGUGAGCGAAACAGCGCAAAGGAUACUAGCAAUGAAUAAGGAUUCUGAUUUGACUGGUGUAGCACCAAAGAAGUCGCGCGUCGAAGUGCAAUCUUUACCAACCAGGCAAUAUUUAGACCAAACGGUAGUACCAAUCUUGCUACAAGCACUGUCCAGUUUAGCGAAGGAAAGACCUGCUGAUCCCAUUAGCUUUCUAGCUGGUUACUUGCUAAGGAACAAGAGCCAAUAUGACAAUGGUGAAUCUCCGCCAACUAGUUAAUGAACUGCCUCAACAUUUAUAAGUAUGCGGUGAACGUCAAGGAAUCAAUUUCAAACAUUUACCGACUAUUUCUAGGAAAAUAUUCAAGUUUGGCAAGGCGUAUUUGUGUAAUUUCAAAUUACGUAAAAAUGUACUAGCUUAUCUUGUGACCCAUUUUAGAGGUUAACUAACAAACUUAGAGCAAAUGUAUUGAGUUUUCUUAAAUGUUCAUUUAUAUGCUUGUUUGAUUUUUAUUCAUUGAUAAUGUGCGGAAAUUAUUGUUCUUGUUAAUGUGUUCAAUAUUUAUCAUGACCAAUCUAUAAAAUAAUCCCCCCGGCGAAAACCUUUGCAUCAAGUUAUUCCCGUGAAACAGCGCCAACUAUUUGUACAUCCAACCGCGAAAAACGAAAACGAUCGUUAUUGUUAUCACCGGUUCAAUAAAUCGUAAUGAGUUCUCCGUGUUCGCGAUGAUUUUAAUUGGAAUGGAGAUUUAAUUGGACACAAUUAAAUGUAAUUGUCCAAUGAAUCCGUGCGAAAUUUAUUUUACGGUCCGAUGAUGUCAGCGAUUUGCACGGAAAACUUAAUGUCCAAACACGUAUAUUUUAAAAUUUGUUUAGAAUCGCGAAGGUUAUGAUGGGUGUAAAUUUUAGCGCGCUGCGGGAUAAUCGUGACCGGAUGUAAGUUUGGUUGCUGGUUCGUUUCCUGCAGUGUCUCGUGUUAAUGGUUUAACUGUCGCAACAAGGUCGUAACGAACCAGAAGAAAGAAAAUUCGCGUGGACACAGAUAACGCCGUACAAAACGACGACAACGACGAGAUAUCGAGGUAAUUUCGUGGUGAACAAUUCGCGCGGCAACAUCAUCGUACCAAGUCCAAUUAACGAGGUGGGAUACUAUCCGAGUUUCCCGUAUAUCACCUCGGUUCCUUGAUACCAUUGCACUGUGCAUUCACCAGGCUCCCGCAGUUGGUUUUAUUUUCCACCUGGACUACCGGGUUUAAGACAGACCUUCCGAAGUAAAUAAAGAAAUAUCAUUUUUUAAUUUCAUUAAAUGAAAACUCCGUGCGACAGUAAACAUUGUCCCAUUAAACAAAUUGGCGGAUGGGUUGACAGAUGGCUCCACGGUAUUUUUUUAAGGACAUUAUUUACAUAAGCGAAAUUGGAAAGUAAUAUUUUUAAGUAAAGGACACACGCAAAACUUACGAGUUGGGUGCGUCGAAUUUAUACCUUAUGUUCGAAUUUUAUGAUCAUUGUAAGCGAUGAUCAAUAAUAUCAAAUUGAAUUUACAUGAAAAUCUAGUGUUGUCUAGAAAUUAAAUCCUUGAGAUAUGUGAAUGUAAACAACCGCAUAAUAUUUUUCUUCUCAGUCUUUUGUAUUCGAUUUUCAAUCUGCAGAACGAUAUACCAUGUUUGUCGUUUAUACAAAAGAAUUAUAUAAAAAUAAAUUUAUACUAAGAUACAAUCGUGUCUAGAGUUUACAUUUUUAAUAUAAGUAGCUAAUGUAUUUACACUUUUAAUGUAAGUAGGUAAUUAUAGUGUCACAAGGAAGUAUGCAUAAUCUGAUCGAUUGUGGUAUUCUAUUAAGAAAUUAUUAAAUAACAUAAGAAAUAAUUCUGUUUUUAUAAAUCUGGAGAGUGCACGCCUAUAAACUUAUUUCUUGAAACAACAAUUUGUCGUUACUAUCAACGCCGGCAGUAAUACAUCUAUCUUA